GAAAUCGCACGCUGUUAAAUUAAUUAAACUAAGACACAAUAAAUCAUCCUCUGCGACUCUUCUCAGUUUCAUUCUAUCUCUCUAUAAACUGUUGUUGUGCUUUGAUUCCCUUCUUCUCCACCAUGGCUAUGGAGGACCUAACAUCGUUGUUAAGCGAUUAUGGGACCCUCUUCAGAGAAGACACAGACUUUUACAACCGCAUUGUGUUGGGCACCUUGUUGCCGCACACCGUGUGGGCCCCACUGCCGCACUUCUUCCAGACCUGGCUACGCAACUACCUGGGUGGUGUCCUUCUCUACCUCCUCUCUGGCUUUAUGUGGUGCUUCUACAUUUACUAUUGGAAACGUAACGUUUAUCUGCCCAAAGAUGCUAUUCCCUCUCAAAGAGCCAUGCUGUUGCAAAUAGGUGUUGCUAUGAAAGCCAUGCCUUGGUACACUUUGCUUCCAACUGUUUCAGAGUACCUAGUAGAAAAUGGCUGGACAAAGUGCUAUCCUAGAUUAUAUCACGUUGGUUGGCUUGCAUACUUUGUGUAUUUAGCUAUUUAUCUAGUUGUUGUAGAGUUUGGUAUUUAUUGGAUGCACAGAGAGCUGCAUGACAUUAAACCACUUUACAAACAUCUUCAUGCUACUCAUCACAUCUACAAUAAACAGAACACUCUGUCCCCUUUUGCUGGUUUGGCGUUUCACCCUCUUGAUGGGAUUCUUCAGGCUUUACCACAUUCUCUUUCUUUGUUUUUUAUCCCAAUCCAUUUUACUACACAUUUAGUUCUCAUUUUCCUUGAGGGUGUUUGGACUGCAAACAUUCAUGACUGCAUUCAUGGAAAGCUGUGGCCUGUUAUGGGUGCUGGUUACCACACCAUUCACCACACUACAUAUCGGCACAACUAUGGCCAUUAUACCAUCUGGAUGGAUUGGAUGUUUGGGACUCUUCGCGACCCGGAGGAGGAAGAUGGCAAGGCAAAGUGAUGAACUGCAGACUAGCAUUGAACAGUCAUAUUGGUUAUCUUGUUUGGAUUGUUGAAAUGUGGUUCCUUGCAUGUAAAGCUCAAAUGUGUUCUGUAUUUUUCUGGUGUGCAUCACAAGGUGAUUUUAUAUGUUAGAGAGACAGGGUAGAGGGUUAAAAUGGGAGCUUCUGUCUCUGAUUCUAUUGUUAGUAUAUGUUUAGGUCUUUUUCUUUCUCAGAUUGUGUGGUAGAGAUUGAGAUGGUAAUGCUGUUUUCUCCAUGUGUGAGAAUUGGUCAAACUACUAAUACUUGGAUUUGUUUCACUCUCUUUCUCCCUUCUAUAUGAUUCUAUGUUGAAAUGAGGUGCAAGAAAACCAUUCCUUCAAACUGGAUUCUGUCAUGGCUGUCUUUGAUCUGAGGCAGCAUGAUUGUUUUUGUGGAUUCUUUUAAUGGGAUUAGUAAACA